CCUACAGCCCCGAGCUGGCCUCUGCCCUGCACACCUACCGGAUCCCCCCCUCCCAAGCCGACGAGAUGGCUCUGGCCGCGGAGUUUGACCAGCCGGACAAGACCCGGAGGUGGCGGGAGGGGCUGCUGAAGUCCAGCUUCAACUACCUGCUGCUGGACCCCAGGGUGACCCAGAACCUGCCUGCCCGCUGCCAGCUGCUCAGCCCAGCCCAGGCCUUCCAGACCUUCGUCCAGGCCGUCUUCUACGUGGGCAAGGGGACGCGCGGCCGGCCCUACCGCCAUCUCUACGAGGCCUUGAGCCACUACCAGGAGGGCCAGGGGGCACCGGCAACGCAGGUCUCCUCCAAAGUCCGGCACAUCCUGGAGAUUUGGGCCGGGGGCCAGGGGGUCGUCUCCAUGCACUGCUUCCAGAACGUGGUUCCUGUGGAGGCCUACACCCGCGAGGCCUGCAUGGUGGACGCCAUCGGUCUGAGGAGGCUGACCAAUCAGAAGAAGGGCAACUAUUACGGCUCGGUGGCCGCCUGGCCCAUGAAACGCCGGCGGAGCCUGGGGGUCUUCCUCCUGCACCGAGCUCUGCGGAUCUUCCUGGCUGGGGGCGAGCGGCAGCCGGGGCCCGCGG